UUGUGCGGUUCUUAUGCGCUAUCAAUUAUACCAUUGGUACCCUUCUCGAAGCUCGAGUCAAUUUGUCUUCGAAAAUCAAAUAAUCCAACUUUAAACUUUAACUUUCAGUCUUCUUUUAAUCUGUGUCUUUCUACAUAUUUGAUAAGAAACAUGGCACAACAGGAAAUUGAAAUGUCUGAACUAGAAGAAUUGCAAUCCAAAAAACUCUGGCAUCAACUCACUUUAAAAUUGUUGGUGUAUGUAAAGGAUCCCAAUGUUCAAAAAAAAGUAAAUUUGCUAAAUUUCUAUACCAAAUUUGUUCAACCAAUUGAAAGUAAAAUGAAUUAUUUUGCAUUGGUGGAAAUUAUCUCGUAUAUAAUUCCUUUUUACAAAGACCCAAAGGAAGCAGUCACUUUUUUGGAAGGCAUCGAGACAAAAGUCAAAGACAAAAUUGAAGCGUUAGUUUUUGCAAAAGUCCUUAGAGGUGAAAUUUUGUUAGACAAGUUGAAGAAUCAGCCAGAAACUUUAGUUGUUAUAACCGAGGUUGACAAGCUGUUGAGUGAUUUGGAUGAAAUAUCUCCGGUACAUAGUAGAUACUAUUUGUUGGCUAGCCAAUUGUAUCGUCUCCAAGGAAAGCACACUGAAUACUAUCGCACCUGUUUGAAGUAUUUGGGUUCAAUAGACUUGUCAACCAUUAACCAACAAGACCAAUUGAAAAAUGCUUUCUUAUUAGGACUGGCUGCAUUACUCAGUGAUGAUAUUUAUAACCUUGGUGAAUUAUUAAUGCAUCCUAUUUUGGAGUCUCUAACGAAUACGUCCAAUUUCUGGCUGGUAGAACUAUUGCACGCGUUUAACAACGGUGACAUAACAAAAUUUGCCAAAAUGAAGCCACAAUGGGCAUCCAUACCUGACAUCGCAGUCCAGGAACAUAAACUAAGACAGAAAAUAUCUCUACUGUGUCUGAUGGAAAUGACGUUUAAACGACAAGCUAAGAACAGGUGUUUGUCCUUCCAAGAAAUCGCGCAAGAAACUCAAUUAUCAUUGGACCAAAUUGAAAUGUUGGUAAUGAAAGCGCUUUCGUUGGGCCUAGUCAAGGGGAAAAUAGAUCAAGUCAGUGAAACAGUAAAUUUGGAAUGGGUGCAACCUAGGGUGAUGAACAAAACACCAAUAUCAGGCAUGAUAAACAGACUGGACUCGUGGUGUACAGAAGUGAAAAAUAUGCAGUAUAGAAUGCAAGAUGAAGCUCAGGAAUUUUUGAAAUUUUAAUUUGUUUAUUUUUUGUACGUUUAAAGUAUUUAUUUAGGAUUAUCCCUAAUAUUUUCAUACUAAUUGAAGCAAACCUACUGUCAACGUUUAUAUAUAAAUAUAUGUUUGUAAUUCAGAAGCUAUAUGUUGUAAAAAAAAAUGUAAAAUUUAUAAUACAUUGUGUCUGCACAAACUAA